AUAGCAGAGACAUGGAAGUGAGAAUUUGAGAUUUAUGGCCAAGGGUUAGGGUUUUAGAAAAUCACAGAUUCAUGGCCUAGGAUUUGGUUUAUUCACAAUCACACAACUUCUUCGAAAUUUCUCUCAAUCUUCUCUUUCCCAGUUUCCCUUCUCUACUGAACCCUAACAUAGCCGUUUUCCCAAGAUGUGGAGGCUCACAUGCCGAUCUUUCAUGGCGAAGCCCAGACCCAUUUCUCACAAAGCUGCGAGCUUUUCGUCCUCACAGGCUCUCACCCAAAACGAAGAUUCAGUACGAGAAAUCACCACCCUGCUCAACUCCCACAACUGGCAAGCCCUCAUGGAAUCUUCAGACAUACCCAAGAAGCUAAACACGGAUGUAAUUCGCUCCGUUAUUCUUCAAAACCAGGUGGGUGACCCCAAACGCCUCCUCAAUUUCUUCUACUGGUCCCAACACAAAAUGGGUACUAGUAAUGCCCAACAAGACUUGGAUGUGUUGUCAGCCCUUGCUGUUAAUCUAUGCAACUCUAACUGGUAUGGGCCUGCAAGCGAUUUGAUUAAAUGUAUCAUAAGAAAUUCUGACUCCCCAUUGGCUGUUUUGGGUUCAAUUGUUAAAUGUUAUAGAAGCUGUAAUGGGUCACCCAAUUCUGUGAUUUUUGAUAUGUUGAUGGAUUCUUAUAGGAAAAUGGGAUUUUUGGUUGAAGCUGUUAAUGUGUUCUUGGGUCCUAAAAAUUUCGAAUUUAGGCCCAGUUUGUUGAGCUGCAAUUCAUUAUUGGGAGACUUGUUGAAGGGUAAUAAGGUGGAGUUGUUUUGGAAGGUUUUUGAUGGGAUGUGUGUGCAUAAGGUAUUGCCCGAUGUGUAUACUUACACUAAUAUGAUUAGUGCUCACUGUAAGGUUGGAAAUGUUAAAGAUGCAAAAAGAGUACUUCUGGAGAUGGGAGAAAAGGGUUGUAGUCCCAAUUUGGUUACCUACAAUGUCAUUAUCGGUGGCUUGUGUCGAGCACGGCUUCUUGAUGAAGCUAUUGAGCUCAAGAGAUCUAUGGUUGACAAGGGCUUGGUCCCUGAUCUUUAUACUUAUGAUAUCCUUAUUAAUGGUUUUUGCAUGGAAAAGAGAUCAAGAGAGGCAAAAUUAAUGUUAUUGGAGAUGAUCGAUGCGGGUCUGAAGCCAGAACCAAUCACCUAUAAUGCGUUGAUUGAUGGGUUCAUGAGACAGGGUGAUAUAGAACAGGCUUUUAGGAUUAAGGAUGAGAUGGUCGCUUGUGGUAUUGAGGCAAAUUUAAUCAUAUGGAACACACUUCUUAAUGGGGUUUGUAAGGCUGGUAAGAUGGAGAAGGCAUUAGAAAUCAUGCAAGAGAUGAUGGAAAAGGGUGUGGAACCUGAUUCCCAAACUUAUAGUCUAUUGAUUGAAGGGCACUGCCGAGAGCAGAACAUGGCUCGUGCUUUUGAAUUACUGGAUGAGAUGAAGAAGAGAAAACUGGCACCGACAGUGUUGACUUAUAGUGUGAUAAUUAAUGGUCUAUGCCGAUGUGGAAACCUCCAAGGAACCAAUGCUAUUUUGCGGGAAAUGGUUAUGAAUGGUUUGAAACCAAAUGCCGUUGUGUACACAACUCUUAUGACAGCUCACGCCAAGGAAGGUAGAGUUGAAGAGUCAAGAAUGAUUUUGGAGAGAAUGAGGGAGCAAGGAAUUCUGCCAGAUGUAUUUUGCUACAACUCUCUUAUAAUUGGUUUCUGCAAAGCCAAAAGAAUGGAAGAAGCAAGGACUUACUUGAUGGAAAUGUUGGAGAGAAGAUUGAGGCCAAAUGCUCAUACGUAUGGAGCAUUUAUAGAUGGAUAUAGUAAGGCAGGGGAAAUGGAAAUUGCAGACAGGUACUUCAAUGAAAUGCUGAGUUGUGGCGUGCUGCCAAAUGUUGGAAUUUACACGGCCUUGAUAGAAGGGCACUGCAAAGAGGGAAAUGUGACAGAAGCCUUCUCAGUAUUUAGAUUUAUUCUUUCACGACGUGUUCUACAAGAUGUUCAAACUUACAGUGUGCUCAUCCAUGGUCUCUCAAGGAAUGGAAAAAUGCAUGAAGCUUUUGGGAUCUUCUCUGAACUCCAGGAGAAGGGUCUGCUUCCUAAUGCUUUCACUUACAACUCCCUCAUCUCUGGUUCUUGUAAACAGGGAAAUGUUGAUAAGGCUUUUCAACUUCUUGAAGAGAUGUGCAUAAAAGGCAUUAAUCCAGAUAUUGUUACUUACAAUAUCUUGAUUGAUGGGCUAUGUAAGGCUGGUGAAAUUGAGAGAGCUAAGAACUUGUUUGAUGACAUUGAGGGAAGAGGUUUGACACCCAACUGUGUAACAUAUGCUGCAAUGGUAGAUGGUUAUUGCAAAUCUAAGAACCCCACUGCGGCAUUUCAGUUACUAGAAGAGAUGCUGUUAAGGGGAGUCCCACCAGAUGCUUUCAUAUACAAUGUCAUUCUCAACUUUUGCUGCAAGGAAGAAAAAUUUGAGAAAGCUUUGGAUUUAUUUCAAGAAAUGUUGGAAAAAGGUUUUGCCUCCACUGUCUCUUUCAAUACAUUAAUUGAGGGGUAUUGCAAGAGUGGGAAGCUGCAAGAAGCUAACCGCCUGUUGGAAGAAAUGAUAGAAAAACAGUUCAUUCCUAAUCAUGUCACGUACACAUCCCUCAUUGAUCAUAAUUGCAAGGCAGGAAUGAUGGGGGAAGCGAAACGACUCUGGCUUGAAAUGCAGGAAAGGAAUGUGAUGCCAACUGCCAAAACUUACACUUCACUCUUACAUGGUUACCACAACAUAGGGAACAUGUCAGAGGUUUCUGCCCUGUUUGAAGAGAUGGUGGCAAAGGGAAUUGAACCUGAUAAAAUGACCUAUUAUGUAAUGAUUGAUGCUUAUUGUAGAGAAGGGAAUGUGAUGGAAGCCUGUAAGUUGAAGGAUGAGAUAUUGGUGAAAGGUAUGCCAAUGAGUGUAGCUGCAUAUGAUGCCUUAAUACAAGCCCUAUGCAAGAAAGAAGAAUUUUUUGAAGUGUUGAAAUUGCUUAAUGAAAUAGGAGAGAGUGGAUUUAGGCUCGGUCUUCCCACAUGUAGCAUCAUAGCUCGAGGCUUUCAAAUAGCAGGGAACAUGGAUGAAGCUGCAGAGGUUUUGCGAAGCAUGGCGAAAUUUGGAUGGGUUUCAAACACAACUAGUUUAGGUGACUUGGUUGAUGGAAACCAAAAUGGUGCAAAUUCUGAGGAUUCUGACAAUCUCUUAAAGCAAAUGGCUUAGGUGUUUUCUGAUUGGGAUCAACCCUGAUUUUGAACACUUUGAUUGAUCUCUUUCUGCUGCUUCAUAUCUGAUCAUUUAGCCUCACUGACGAGCAGAGGCAUGAAGAACAACCCUCAUCAAUGAAGUUAGCAGGUUGUAAUUGAUGCCACUGCUCUAUUUCCCACCAAACAGCUGUUUCAAAAUUUUCUGCCUCGAUAAUGGUGGAUGCUUACAACCGAGGAAUGGCAAAUUGAAGGGUUGGAAGGGUUUGAAUGGACCAAUAAACUCCCCAGUUGCUGGCACCCAAAAGACAAGAAUCUUCCUGGCCAUUUUGAGGCCAAUUCAAGCUUUUGAAUCAUGAAAGGUAGCAGAAGGCUUUGCUGUUAUAUUCAAAGAAAUCCUUUGAGAUACUGACAAAUUAGGCUAGAUACACUCCUUUGUUUGUUAUGUAUAGAUCUCUAGGCUCCCCUUGCCAUGACACAAGCUCAAAAGAUGGUCAUCCAUUCCUUUGAACAUCAUGUAUAGAUCUCUGGGCUGUUCUUGACCAUGACACAAGUUUGCAACAGCGUCUUUUAAGUUUUCUCUGAAACUGUUUGUUUUGAAUUAGGGUUGUUAAUUUCCUUGUCCAUAACCCAAAAAAAGGGAGAAUGCAAUAAUAAUGAAAAAAGAAAUCAAAGUUGCUCAUUUA